UCCUUGCAGUCGACGAACUGUCAGGGCGGGAGGAGCUGUGAGCCAGAGCUACCAGCAGCGGCCCGCGCAGCAAAGCAAAAAGCCAGACUACCAGAGUGCAAGGAGUGGCUGUAGCCAAGACUACUCAGCGACACCGGCAGCCCAGCUAGCCCGGGCAGCCCGACUAGCCUCGCAAUCAGCCUCCAGGACAAACAGCUGCUCCGCGGACUGCGAGCUGUGGCGGUAGAUCCCGCUACAGCAAUCGCAGUCUCAGUGGAGCGGGCGGAAGCCUUUUUUCUCCUUUUUCGUUCCCCUCUUCAUUCUACUCAAGAGGAAUCUUAACAGGAGUAUACUGUGGGCAAACAAACAGUACCUUUGGUAUCGAGACUGGUAUGGACUUGUUGUCCGGGACGUAUAUAUUUGCGGUCCUGUUAGCAUGUGUCGUGUUUCAGUCUGGCGCCCAGGAGAAGAAUUACACGGUCCGAGAAGAAAUGCCAGAGAACGUCCUGAUAGGCGACUUGUUGAAAGACCUCAACUUGUCGCUUAUUCCCGACAAGUCCUUAACCACUCCUAUGCAGUUCAAAUUGGUUUACAAAACCGGGGAUGUACCACUGAUUCGAAUUGAAGAAGGUACUGGUGAGAUCUUCACAACAGCUGCUCGCAUUGAUCGUGAGAAAUUAUGUACUGGAAUCUUGCUGGAUGCCCAUUGCUUUUACGAAGUGGAGGUUGCCGUUUUGCCAGAUGAAAUUUUUAGAUUGGUUAAGAUACGCUUUCUGAUAGAAGAUAUAAAUGAUAAUGCACCAUUAUUCCCGGCAACUGUCAUCAACAUAUCAAUUCCAGAGAACUCGGCUAUAAACUCUCGAUAUUCUCUUCCAGCAGCCAUUGAUCCUGACAUCGGAAUAAAUGGAGUUCAAAACUACCAUCUAAUUAAGGGGCAAAAUAUUUUUGGUCUUGAUGUCAUUGAAACACCAGAAGGAGACAAGAUGCCACAGCUGAUUGUUCAGAAGGAGUUAGAUAGAGAAGAGAAGGAUACCUAUGUGAUGAAAGUAAAAGUUGAAGAUGGUGGAUUUCCUCAAAGAUCCAGUACAGCUAUUUUGCAAGUAAGUGUUGCUGAUACAAAUGACAAUGGGCCAGUCUUCUUAGAGAAUGAAAUUGAAGUCAGUAUACCAGAGAAUGCUCCUGUAGGUUCUUCAGUGACACAGCUCCACGCCACAGAUGCUGAUAUAGGUGAAAAUGCCAGAAUUCACUUUUAUUUCAGCAAUCUAGUCUCCAACAUUGCUAAGAGACUGUUUCACCUUAAUACCACCACUGGACUUAUCACUGUCAAAGAAACACUGGAUAGAGAAGAAUCACCAAGCCACAAAUUACUGGUUUUGGCAACUGAUGGUGGAUCAACACCAGCAAGAGCUAUGGUUCUGGUAAAUGUUACAGAUAUCAAUGAUAAUGCCCCAUCAAUUGACAUAAGAUAUAUUGUCAAUCCAAUCAAUGGCACUGUGCUUCUUUCAGAGAAUGCUCCACUUAACACGAAAAUUGCUCUCAUAACUGUCAUGGAUAAAGAUUCUGAACAUAAUGGUAGAGUGACAUGCUUCACAGAUCAUGAAGUUCCUUUCAGAUUACGGCCAGUGUUCAGUAAUCAGUUCCUCUUGGAAACUGCUGCAUUUCUUGACUUUGAGUCCACAAGAGAAUAUGCUAUCAAAUUACUGGCUGCUGAUGCUGGCAAACCUCCUUUGAAUCAGUCAUCCAUGCUCCUGAUCAAAGUAAAAGAUGAAAAUGACAAUGCUCCAGUUUUCACCCAGUCUUUCAUAAGCCUUUCUGUUCCAGAGAAUAACUCUCCUGGUGCACAGUUGACAAAAGUCAGUGCGACAGAUGCAGACAGUGGACGUAAUGCUGAAAUAAACUACCUACUAGGUUUUGAUGCACCACCUGAAUUUGACCUGGAUCGUCGUACAGGCAUCCUGACUGCAGUAAAGAAAUUGGAUAGAGAAAAACAGGAAAAAUAUUACUUUACAGUUCUUGCACAGGACAAUGGAAUUCCACCCUUAAUGUCCAAUGCCACUGUCUUUGUGACUGUUCUUGACCAGAAUGAUAACAGCCCACUUUUCACUCACGAUGAGUACAAUUUCUAUGUCCCUGAGAACCUUCCAAGGCAUGGCACAGUAGGGCUAAUCACUGUGACUGAUCCUGAUUAUGGAGAGAAUUCUGCAGUUACUCUCUCCAUCUUAGAUGUGAAUAAUCAAUUCUCUAUUGAUCCACAGACUGGUGUUAUCCGACCAAAUAUUUCAUUUGACAGAGAAAAGCAAGAAUCCUACACUUUCUAUGUAAAGGCUGAGGAUGGUGGUAGGGUAUCACGUUCUUCAACUGCUAAAGUAACCAUAAAUGUGGUUGAUGUGAAUGAUAACAAACCUAUUUUUAUUGACCCUCCUUCCAAUUACUCCUAUGAAUGGGUUCCACCAUCCACAAAUCCUGGUACAGUCAUCUUCAAGGUUGUUGCAAUUGACAAUGAUACUGGCAUAAAUGCUGAGCUUCGUUACAGCAUUGUUGGAGGAAACACAAAAGGACUGUUUAUGAUUGAACAAAUAUCAGGCAACAUCACAUUGAAAGAUAAAUGUGUUGUUUCAGAUCUUGGUUUACACAGAGUGAUAGUCAAAGCUACGGAUUUGGGACAACCUGAUUCUCUCUUCAAUAUUGUAAAUGUCAAUCUGUUUGUGAAUGAGUCAGUGCCCAAUACUACACUGAUUUAUGAACUGGUACGCAAAAGCAUCGACACACCUGCGACUGAAAGUACUGAAACACCUAAUGCAUCCUCUCCAAAAACUGACUAUGUGAAAAUAAUGGUUGCCAUUGUUGCUGGCACCAUAACUGUCGUCUUAGUGAUUUUCAUCACUGCUGUAGUAAGAUGUCGCCAAUCCCCACACCUUAAAGCUUCCCAGAAAAACAAACAAAAUUCUGAGUGGGUUACACCAAACCCAGAAAACAGGCAAAUGAUUAUGAUGAAGAAGAAGAAGAAAAAGAAGAAGCAUCCCCCUAAGAACCUGCUUCUUAAUUUUGUUACUAUUGAAGAAGCAAAGCCAGAAGAUGCAGACAAUGAUAGAGCCAGUGUGACAAUAGACCUUCCCAUUGAACUUGAAGGACAAACCAUGGGCAAAUACAACUGGGGCACUACACCUUCUACUUUCAAGCCUGACAGCCCUGAUUUGGCUAGACACUACAAAUCUGCCUCUCCUCAGCCUGCAUUCCAGAUCCAACCUGAAACGCCCCUGAACUCAAAGCACCACAUCAUCCAGGAACUGCCUCUUGAUAAUACUUUCGUAGGCUGCGAUUCCAUCUCUAAGUGCUCUUCCAGCAGUUCUGAUCCCUACAGUGUUUCUGAGUGCAGCUAUUCAGUGACAACCUUCAAGACACCUGUAUCGGUACAUGCUAGACCGACAAUAAAGGAGAUGGUACGAUCUCGCACCCCAAUGAAAGAGGCAACAACUGUGGAAAUCUGGACUCAUCCUCAUCCACAGAAGAGAUCUGAAGGGAGAAAAACAGGAAAGUCCCAGAGACGGGUCACAUUUCACCUACCAGAAGGCUCUCAGGAAAGCAUCAGUGACGGUGGAUUGGGAGACCAUGAUGCAGGCAGCCUUCCCAGCACAUCCCAUGCCCUGCCUCUCGGAUAUCCUCAGGAAGAGUACUUUGAUCACGGCGCUCCAAACAACCGCACUGAAGGAGAUGGUAACUCUGAUCCUGAAUCUACUUUCAUUCCUGGACUAAAGAAAGCUGCAGAAAUAACAAUGCAACCAACUGUGGAAGAGGCCUCUGACAACUGUACUCAAGAAUGCCUCAUUUUGGGCCACUCUGAUUCCUGCUGGAUGCCAGCUACUCUGACCCAACCCAGCCCUCCACAGAUACAGACCUCUGCUCUCUGCCACAGCCCACCUAGGACCCACACAUCUGUUCGUCGCUGCAGCCCUCCAGUAACACAGACCAUAGCUAUCUGCCACAGCCCCCCUGUGACCCAGGCAAUUGCACUGUGCCAUAGUCCUUCAACAGUACAGGCGGCUCCUCUCCACCACAGUCCUCCUUUAGCACAGGCGACUGCACUCCGUCAUAGCCCACCAUCAGCACAGGCCUCUGCAGUCUGCUACAGCCCACCUCUGGCACAGGCUGUGGUAAUUCACCACAGUCCUCCUUUGUUACAGGCUGUUAUACUCCGUCGCAAUCAGGCCCAAACAACAAUGGGUUUGCAGCAAGGAAGGGUGCAGGAUUCUGGAGCAGAUGGACUGAACCCCCUUGAUCAGGGAGCACAAGGCAGUACAAGAGCUCAGUUUUACCCAAUGACUGAAAGACUCCAUUCAGAUGAUGAUUCAAUUAAAGUCAUUCCCUUGACCACCUUUACUUCAGGUAAACAGGCUAGAUCUUCAAGGAAUGAUUCUCCCAUCAUUGAAGAACAUCCCUUGUAAAGCUUAUCUGAACAUUUCAUAUUAAAAAUGAAUAUAUAUAGAUAUAGAUAUAGAUAUUAAUAUUCAAUUUUAAUGAAUAUUCCAAAUCAAGAGGUUUGUAAAGAGCUCUGUAAAUAGACACAGAUACCAGGUUAAAACUAGAGCUAGACCCUUAGUCACCGAAACAUGAUAAAAAAAUAAAAUUAAGAUUUAUUUGAUUUGGACUGUGAAUUUUUAAAAUAAAUAUUGUAAAAUUUAUAUCCACAUGUACAGAAAGGCUUAUAAUGGCAGAAAUUAAUAUAUUGUGUGUAACAUUUCUGAUGUACUUGAAUGAAUUUUUAUUUUUUAUCACCUCGUGCAGUAUUACUGAUUUCUUCCAUUCUGAUUUUUGUGGACUCAGUAUAUAGUUAUUGUUAAAUUGUUGAAGAUCUUAUUUUCAAAGCUUUUCUUUAGUUUGUCUAAACGUUUGUUUUGAUAAAAUUAGAGGCAUAAGUACUAUAAUGGCAUUUUUGUUCAUCUUUUUUUGUUCUGUUUAUCUUAAUUGUCUCUACUUUCUUAUUGCCAUAUUUCUAGCUUCAAAAAUGUACAGAGGGGGGGUAAAUAAAAUCUUUUACAGUUUUUGUCUCUAAUCCUGUUUUUAUGUUUUCUACCUUUAUUUCAAGAAUAUAUUGAUAUAAUUUGUAUAUACAUUUUCCAAAAAAUAUAAACUGUACAGACAAAGGUUUAAACUUAUUUCUCUACUCUUUAGUAGAGUUCGAGACACUGAAGUGCAAUAGCUUUGCUCAUAUUUGGCAACAGUUAGCCAGAAUGGGCUUGUGCUUUUUAUAUUAAUAUACUUUUGUAUAUUAAUCAUCAGAUUAAAGUACAUCAGAAAUACUAUUAUGUCUGUCAUGGUAAGCCUACAUUCCAGUACAAAUUGGGUAUUUAUCUUCUGAAAUCUGUAUAUGAAAAUCACAAAGAAGGUGGAUGCAUUAAAUGCAUUAUUAGCUUUCAGCUAUUACUUCAAUGUACUGUUUUCUAAAGACAAUGAUUUGACAGCUCAACAUCUGUAACUGAAAAAUUCUCAGUGAAAAGAACAAAUACAUAAAAUUGUACAUAAACCCGCAGACUAAGUAUAUCAGACUAAGGUAUUUUUAUCAGUCUAGUUCAAUUUACUGCAGAAACCUACUGAAAACAAGAUGAAAGUCAGGAAAGAACUUUUCAAGUUCUAAACCUAACAAAUAUAUUACAGCACAUAACUUCAAGGAUAUGUGUAGGAGAAAUAAGAUUUGAGACUGCUUCUUGGUGUGAAUAAAAAAUAUCCCAGUAACACACACUGGAGAGCAUAAUCUCACAUAUAAAAUGAUACAUCCUAAGCAAAGAAUAUAGUAGCAUUCAUAGGAAACAUUAGUUUCCAUUGUUGCCUACACUUAGUUUCUGUUUUCGUCUACUUAACUGGCUGUUACCUUCUGUGAGCACUUUUCAUAAAUUCAUACAGAAACACCGCAAACUUAAUUUCCUCCCACAACAAAUUCAAGAAGUUUUUUGUUUCAGUAUCAUACUAAACAAAAAAAUCAAUUAAUGUUUGGAUUUGGGGGUCCUGAAUAUUUCCUGUGAUUAAAUUAGAUGUAGACUCUAUAAUGUGUAACUUGAUGGUAUAUAAUUUAUAAUUAAACUGUAUAUAAAUGUUGUAAUAUAAACUGUGGUAAAUGUAUGAUUUUAUUAGUAAUGGUUUCCACUGAAUGUUGAAAAUAGUUUUCCUUUGUGUUCCUAGCAAGUUAAGUAGCAUUUUGAGAAUAUAUUGUUCCCCUUGUGAAGUUAAUUAGAUUAUGAUUUGGUGUAUAGAAUAUCUUCUUAACUUUUAAAACCUAGACUCUAAUUAGUGAAAUUUCAAAUUAAUUUUUACUCUUCCUUUGUUCUUUCUUUGUAUUUGUUAGUUUAUCCAGGGAUUUGAAGCACGCUGGUUUUCCAGGUGCACAAAACUCCCAAAAGAUCAAUGUUGUCUGAAACUUUGUUGAAAUAUGAUCAUGUAUAUGUAUUGAUAUUGUUGUUUCUAUUGUUGUUGUCAAUGAAGAUUCUUAACCUGGGGAAGAUAAAGAAACCCAGAAUGACAAAAUCAGUGCUUCCAGUAGAGUUAGACUGCUGUUUAUUCUCUCAAUACACACAUACAACAAAUAAAAAAAGAAAAUAGAAACAAAAAAAUACAGAAUUAUGUGAGUGGAAAAUUAUUUUAAUUAUUUAUACAUUUUAUUUCCAUAAUUAUUAUGUUUUAUUCAUAUAUAUACAAAAUUUAAAGAUAUUAAAAUUGAGGUUAAAAUUUAUUAAAUAAUGAAUCAGAAAUCUGAAUGCUUAUUUUGCUCAUGAAAAUAUGGAAUCUGAAAAUAUCAGAUAUUUGAGUUUUUUUCUCAUCACAAGACUUACUGAAUUAACAGGGAAGCUCUUAUAUCCUCAUAUUUAACAAUUUGGGAAGUGUUGUUAACUUUCCUAGAAAUAUAGGAAUGAACAGAUAUGUUUUUGUUCCCUUUCUAAAUCUGGUUUAUUAUCAGACUUAGACAGUGUUUAGGAAAUUAAAUGACUGGGCACUUUUUUCUGGUUUUGUACCAGAGAGAAAUUGAAGGGAAGCAGGCUGAGAUAGCCAAAGAGGCAAGGGGUGUGAGCCCAGUUAUUCUCCCCUAUGCAUUCUCUUUCUUUGCUUCCAAUAGGUAUAGCCUUGGAAACUUGGAAAUUCCAUGGCUUUGUACUUGAUGAGAUCUUUCUCAUUACAUUACAAAUUCUUUGAAUGGAUAGACAGAGCUAUAGAUUGACAAAAUCACAAGUGGUUCCUCGGAAAAGCAACAUAUGUCAUCUUACAACUGCAAAAUAUCUUAGUCUACCUUCAGUAAAUAUGUUUCCCUCAAAAAGAAAAAGUAUUUGAUUUUAAUUGAACUUAAACAGUGAUUUUUUUUUUUAUUUUCUGAAUAUGUCUGCCAGACUGAUUAUUCUGUAUUGUGGCUAUAUUCAGUUAAAAAGUAAUUAUUAAUUAUCUAGCUAUAGCUUUAAUAUACACGCUUGUAACUGUGUUCAAACACUGUGUAUAUUGUGCUAAAUAAUACACAUUCAUUUAUCAAACUUUAUCUACAAGUUUUAACAAAUAAUGUGUCAGUGUAUUAAAAUUAACUUUAUAUAUGAUACCAACAAUGUAAACAAUUUAGAGGGUACAUUUUGUGUAGUCUCAUAGAGUAAUUUAACAUUUUAUUUUUAGUUAUAGAGAUCUGGACAGAAAAAUACUGUUAAAUGAUGAGUACUAUUGUGCAAUGUUGACAGUAUGAAGAUCCUUUGCCUUCUCAAAUUAAAGUUUGUCACACACUUUCAUAAAAGUAGUAAAAUAUUAGACCUAAUAAAUCAUAAAUUGGGCAGUCCUUAAAAUACAAUCAUGUCAUGUUCUAAAAGAUCAUAUUCAGUCCUGAAUAGAUUCAAUGACAUUUUCCCCUAGGCAUAUUUAAAAAACUUCCUUUAAUUAUGUUAUUAAGACUAAAUGUUCAUAUAUCUAUUACACAUUUAUGAAAAUAUGAUUUCUUUACCCUCUUCUAAUUUGUAAUUCAUAAUUCAUUGUGGUUAUACUUUGUGAUUUUUUUCUUUUAAAUUUUGUAAUCCAAACUUUAGUUCCAUUGAAGUGAAAAUUUUCUCACAAAUGUAGGGUACUAUUUUUGUUAUUUUCAAGUGGCCCAAUUGGCCUGGUUAAUAUGAGAGCAGAGGAGUUGAUUAUAUUUGGAUAGAGACAUUUUAGUAUCAUGUGCCAAUUACCACACAGUCUUAUGCAACAACCUUAAAAUAUUUAUUCACAGGAGCUUCCUUACGCUGUUAUACCAUCGAUGUGCUUUCCAUAAAUAUGAUUGUUAAAAGUACUGCAAGUUUACAACAGUAAGACUAGAGAAAAAAAAUGAUGCUUAUAAAAAUGUGUGUGCACAAAUAAAAAGAAGGAAGGCAAUUCUUUUGUGAUUGUAUAUGCUAAUUUUAGAAAUUAAAUUUGUGAAAUUUAUGCUGUCUCUCCUUAAAUGUUUGAAUUUUUAUUAAUUGUAUAUUUAUGUUUUAUUUAGGGAAGAUUCUUUUGUGACAUUAUACAGCUUCUGAAAGUGAACAGCAUCCCAAAGUAUGGGAUGCUUUGGAAGUAAACAAUUGGAUAAAGAUUGAAUACUUUUUCGACCAGUAUGGCAGUAUGUAGUUCAGUGACAGUUUAUUGUUCUAUUUCAGUUUUCUGUAUUGCAUGUUCUCUUAUUCAUAAAGAUAGAUAUUAAUAAAGUAGUUAUGAGAAAUGAUUAUGUUUGUAUUAUGUGUUUUUGUAGAACCAAAUUCAAAAGUUGAGCUGGAACACUUGCCUAACAUAGGUUCAAACACCAGCAAUGUGAAAACAGUGACAAUGAUUUUGCUCUUGUUUUUUGUUAUGUUAAA